UGGAAAUAUAUGCAGUUGUGUGUUGCCUGCAGAAGAAUUGCGCAAGAUGUUUUUUUCUCCAUCAUCAGACAACAAGAGAGCGACAGUUGGGCAAUGAGCCAUUGCGGGAAAUGCGUGGUGUGUGCGUAUUUUUAAAAAUGCGCGGGAGGACGACGUCAAAAAAAGCUCCGAAGUGAGGUUAUGCGUGAGGUGCAGGAGUGCAAAAAACGCGAGCGAUUCCACAAGAAGUUGCGUGGCUUUUCUCUCUGGCAAAUGGUGAUGGUAAAUUGGCGUCUUCCGCCACGAAUCGGGAGUGCAUUGAUGUGAGAAAUCCAGCGAGGAAUCAGCCACUGUUGUGCCUGUUGAGUGUGUGAAUUGCCGAGCGAUCAGUAGGAAUGCCGUCGACCACGAGAAGUGACGCUCCCACGGAGCUGCGGACCGUGAGCAAGAGUGUGGACGAGAUCAGCCCCUGCGAUGGACCGCCGCAGAAGGUGCAGAUGAAGAAGCAGCUCGGCCUCCUGGAAGGAUGCGCCAUUAUUCUGGGAAUCAUUAUAGGAUCAGGGGUGUUUGUGUCGCCCAAAGGAGUGAUCCAGGAAGUGAACGCCGUGGGAACUUCGCUCCUGAUCUGGGUGGUUUGCGGCCUCCUGUCCAUGAUCGGAGCGCUGUGCUAUGCUGAACUCGGCACGCUCAUACCAAAGUCCGGCGGCGACUACGCCUACAUCCUGGAGGCGUUCGGCCCCCUUCCCGCCUUCCUCUAUCUCUGGGACGCCACGUUCAUCUUCGUACCAACGACAAAUGCCAUCAUGGGCAUGACAUUCGCCAGUUACGUCCUCCAGCCGUUUUUCCACAGCGACUGCCAAAUUCCCGGACUGUGCAUCCAACUGCUGGCCGCCGUGACCAUCUGCCUGCUGACAUUCAUCAACUGCUACGACAUUAAGUCCACCACGAAGCUCCAGAAUGUGAUCAUGUUCGCCAAGAUCGGCGCCCUGGUGAUUAUCGUGCUGGUGGGAUUGGUGUGGAUGUUCCUGGGACACACGGAGAAUUUCGAUGCGCCCUUCGCGGACACCGAAACCGACCCAGGGAAGCUCUCAGUCGCCUUCUACUCGGGCAUCUUCUCAUACGCCGGCUGGAACUACCUCAACUUCAUGACAGAAGAACUCCGCGAGCCGUACAAGAAUCUCCCCAGGGCCAUCUUCAUCUCCCUGCCACUCGUGACUGUGAUCUAUGUGCUGGCCAACAUGGCCUAUCUGGCGGUGCUGACGCCACAAGAGCUGGUCGCCUCCAAUGCCAUCGCCGUGACUUUCGGCAACAAGGUGAUGGGCGUGAUGGCGUGGGUGAUUCCACUGAUGGUGGCCAUCUCCUCGUUCGGCGGACUCAGUGUGCAUAUCAUGACCUCGUCCAGGAUGUGCUUCGUCGGCGCCAGGAACGGCCACAUGCCCGCCAUUCUCUCUCAUAUCAACAUCAACAAGUUCUCCCCGACGCCGUCUCUCGUCUUUCUGUGCAUCCUGUCGCUGAUUAUGCUGUGCAUCAGCGACGUGUACGUCCUGAUAACAUACUGCAGCAUCGUCGAGUCCACCUUUAUCAUGCUGUCCGUGGGCGCUGUGCUCUACUUCCGCUACAAAUAUCCGAAGAAGGAGCGACCCAUCAAGGUGUCCCUCUGGAUACCAAUCGUGUUCUGCCUCAUUUGCGCCUUCCUCAUCGUCGUGCCGUGCUAUGUGGCGCCCUAUGAGGUGGUCAUGGGCAUUCUCAUCACCGUCACGGGCAUUCCCUUCUACUACAUGGGCGUCGUGUGGCAGCGGAAGCCACGCUGGCUGACGACAGUCAUCGUGAGUGGCACUCACGUCUGCCAGAAGCUCUUCCUGUCGGCCACGGAGGAGAAGGAGGACUGAAGUGAGAGAGGUUUUAUUGCUAACAAUUUUACUGCGCUGUGAAGUGGAUCUUCGGUAAAAUCUCCAACCAAAUUGUGCGAAUCUCAGAAUAAUUUCAACAUUUCUCUCUAUCCACACAAAAACCAUUCACUUUAAUGGAUUGUUUAUCUCUUUUUCAAGGAUAUUAUUGUAGUACUUAAAGGCCUAUGAGGUAUUUUAUACAUUUCUUUGUACACGUGUGUGUUGUAGUUCUGCAGAAAAUGGAACGAGUGUCGUAGAAGAGUAAUUUUGACCACAGUUUGACAAGAGUUUGUUCAAUUAUAUGUACUUCUUAUGUUAAUCACUGGACUUUAGUGUGUAGAUUUAUGUAUACUGGAUAAUUUUCGAAGCAUUUCCGCGUAAAAAUUCCCCCUUGAAUAUGACCCAGUUUUGAUCUGAUGUUGUAAUAAUGUGUAGAAAAAAACCCAAUUGUGAGAAGAAUUUAGACAUGUUUUGUACAAAUGAUUAAAGAAUCCUCUGAAUCUCCUCAGUUAUUGCUUGGCUAAUGAGACCACAAAUUAUUGCUGGCUUCUCCCAAAGUGUAUUUAUUUAUAUUAUGUGAAUUGUUACUUGUUAAGCUUGUCUCCCAUUCUCAAUUCAGCAUGAAGAAGGAAAAAAAGAAAGAAAUCUUUGUAUAUGGAAAAAUUGUAAGGAACACAUAAAAGAGAGAAUAAAUGUACAUUAUAGAGUUUUAAAUGCAGAGAAAAUGCAAGAAGAGGAGAAAUAAAAACCACAUUUGAGCAUAAAA